AGAAGAUGGAAUCUUCUAGAGAAUGGUAAAAAAUGGAAUUUAGAGGUAUAUAAAGAGAAUCCCUCCGGUUAAUCAUUGAUCACCCAAGCCAGUGGAGCCUUGGCCUCGAACAGAAUAGAACCAACCAAUCGCGCGGGCGCAGACAGUCGGCUUCCACCAACCACGUUGCCAGCAGGCAGCGGCAGCCUCCACUUGCUCCAUGUCUCCAUCCAACCCUCUUCCGCCGCCGGGCGAGACGCGCGUCGGCUGCUCGUUGCCCUCACCAGUCACCCCUCAGGCCAUGGGCGGGGGCCCCGCUCGUCAUGUGGCCAUGCGCGCCCUUCGCGCUCGCUUCCUCUCGCGGCAGCGGGAGGGAGGACCAGCGGCAGCGUCGACCUGGUGGUGGUGCGCUUCGGGUUCGGCGAAGGGCGACAUGGAGAGCACGCUCAAGGGGAUACGCGGCAGCGAUGCGCCGUGCGUUCUGGACCUGGACGACGCGGCCACCGUGGCGGGCGGCGUCGAGGACACCUACGGCGAGGAUCGCGCCACCGAGGAGCAGCUCGUCACGCCCUGGACCGUCUCCGUCGCCAGCGGUUACAAUCUGCUUAGGGAUCCCCGUUACAACAAGGGACUUGCGUUCACAGAGAGGGAACGUGAGACGCACUACCUCCGUGGCCUUCUGCCACCAGCUAUUGUAUCCCAGGAGCUCCAGGAGAGAAAGAUCAUGAAUAAUAUUCGACAAUACCAGUUGCCUUUGCAGCGCUACAUGGCACUCAUGGAUCUCCAGGAAGGGAACGAGAGGCUUUUCUACAAGUUGCUCAUUGACAACGUCGAGGAGUUACUUCCAAUCGUGUACACUCCAACCGUUGGCGAGGCCUGCCAAAAAUAUGGAUCCAUAUUUAGUCGCCCUCAGGGUCUUUAUAUCAGUUUGAAGGAGAAGGGAAAGAUCCUUGAGGUGUUGAAGAACUGGCCAGAGAGGAGCAUUCAGGUUAUAGUUGUUACUGAUGGUGAACGUAUUUUGGGGCUUGGAGAUCUCGGAUGCCAGGGGAUGGGGAUUCCUGUUGGUAAACUUUCCCUUUACACUGCCCUGGGAGGAGUUCGUCCAUCUGCUUGCUUGCCGAUCACAUUGGAUGUUGGUACAAAUAACGAGGAGCUGCUUAAUGACGAAUUUUACAUUGGCUUGAGACAAAGAAGAGCCACUGGCCAGGAGUACACUGAUUUUCUGCAAGAAUUUAUGACUGCUGUGAAACAAAACUAUGGGGAGAAAGUUCUUAUUCAGUUUGAGGAUUUUGCCAACCAUAAUGCUUUUGAUCUUCUUGCAAGAUAUGGCACCACUCACCUUGUAUUCAAUGAUGAUAUUCAGGGAACAGCUUCUGUGGUUCUUGCUGGGCUUAUUGCAGCACAAACAUUACUUGGUGGUUCAUUGGCAGAUCACACUUACCUUUUCCUUGGUGCUGGAGAGGCUGGGACAGGUAUAGCUGAACUUAUAGCUCUUGAGAUCUCACGUCAGACGAAAGCUCCUAUAGAGGAGUGCCGCAAGAAAAUCUGGCUUGUUGAUUCAAAGGGCUUGAUUGUCAGUACACGAAAGGAGUCCCUUCAACACUUCAAGAAACCAUGGGCUCAUGAGCAUAAACCACUCAGCAACCUCUUAGAUGCUGUUAAUGCUAUCAAACCAACAGUGUUGAUUGGCACAUCCGGGAAGGGGCAAACUUUCACAAAAGACGUUGUUGAAGCAAUCUCCUCAUUUAACGAGAGACCAAUCAUUCUUGCCCUAUCGAACCCAACAUCACAAUCUGAAUGCACAGCUGAGCAAGCUUACACAUGGAGCAAGGGACAAGCAGUGUUUGCGACUGGGAGUCCAUUUGAUCCUGUGGAGUACAAUGGCAAGAUACAUGUUCCCGGACAGGCAAACAAUGCCUAUAUCUUCCCAGGGUUUGGCCUCGGCGUGGUGAUGUCUGGAGCUAUCCGCGUUCAUGACGACAUGCUUCUGGCAGCAUCGGAGGCUCUGGCCCAGCAGGUCACAGAAGAAAAUUUUGAGAAGGGGCUGAUUUAUCCUCCCUUCUCAAACAUCAGGAAGAUCUCUGCCCACAUUGCAGCCAGCGUUGCAGCAAAGGCAUAUGAACUUGGUUUGGCAAGUAGGCGCCCUCGGCCAAAGGACCUGGUGAAAUAUGCAGAGAGUUGCAUGUACAGCCCCAUCUACCGCAACUACCGUUGAAUUCGGAUCAACUCCAGUUAUGUGCAAAUCAGCAGCAGCUAUUCCGCAGCGUUUAUCUCUUGCGAUGUCAUGUAAAUCAGCUCCGGUUAGCCUUUUGGAUGCUAGUCAGUCAUGGUGCUGGUGCCGUCCUUCCGGACAAGGAUAAAUUUGGAAUAAAGUUUGAGUCGACGAUUCCUCCCUCGGUACUGCGUGUUCACCUGAACGUUUUUUUGCUUCACGCAGUUGCUGUUGUUUUCAACAAGUGCUUGGUUGUAUGCGUGAAGGUAAGUAGGUAACACCAGGAAAGGUUCUUCUUUUUUUCCC